UGGGUUAGUUUUCCGAUUUGUGCAGAUUGCGACGGUUCAAGACUGAUAUACAAAAAUGGAACACUGGAGUCAAUACAAAGAUGAACUGAUAGCCACUGCAAAGGCACUAGUGACUCCUGGAAAAGGAAUCCUAGCUGGAGAUGAGUCUACUGGCACCAUAGGAAAGCGUUUUGCUUCCAUUCAAGUAGAAAAUAAUGAAGAGAACCGAAGAAGUUAUCGGGAGCUGUUGUUUACUGCUCCUAACUUUGGUCAUUAUAUUUCUGGUGUGAUUACUUUUGAGGAAACUCUAUAUCACAAGGUAUUUUGGUAUCCUUUUUUGUUGGUCUUAAUACAAGAGCAAGAAUAACUUUGUUGUAAUAGACUAGCCAAGGGAAGCCUUUUGUGGAUGUGAUGAAGGAGGCGGGUGUGAUUCCU